CUUUCGAUUGUUAAUAUUAAAUGUUAAUGCAUACAAGUCACCCUGGUUAGUCUAAUAAUAUUAUUUGUAGUAAUACUAAUAGUGUUACAUGUACUGUAGGGCAUCUGCUAGGCCUUUUAACAAGUUGAAGUUGACCUCUUAAAUCUUUGAACAUUUCCAAGUAGCAAUAGGCUCUUAUAUCUCAGCCAUUGUCUAUAUCUUAAGUCUAACCAGUUAUGUAAAUUAUCCACUGGCAUUGCACAGCCCCCUCUUGGGAUCAACAACUCAGAGAAAAUUGAAAAUUUUCAAAGUUGUUAAAGCUUGAGUCUAGUAUGAAUGUAGCUACUCCAUUAUUAGAGGAGAAAAACGUUGACUACGAAGGAACAGUUAUGGAGAAGUGUCUGUUGGGAAAUAAAAUUGUCUUUUUACCUCAAGAAAUAUGUGAGCAGGAAGAGAUAUUUAAAAAAGUUAUGAGUUUGGAGACGUGGGAUAGUGUGUUAUCAGAAAAUCAACGCUGUCAUCUCAUGAAAUUCCUUCCAUCAUUCUCAGAAAACGAUCAAGAAGAAAAGAAAGAUAUACUUAGGAAACUUUUUGAUGGAGAAAACUUCAAGUUUGGUAACCCAUUAAGAAAGUUCUUCAAGAAGCUCAAUGAUGGUGUAAUGGCCCCCGAUGUAGCCAAGAUGACAGCACUUCUUCGGAAAGCAACAUAUAGGGAGUACAGAUAUCAACAACAACAGUAUUACUGUCGGCUUUUACAAGAAAUUCUCAUAUCUAGAAAAAAAUUACUUGAUGCUGCAUCUGUACUGCCACCUCAUCAACAUGUUAAAAUAGAACAGUUCACACCCAAGACAAGAGAUCCAACUCUUGAGGAUCGAACAAAGUGGAGAUACUUCAGUGAACUUCAGUCAGUUCGAGAAGAAUGUGGAGAGCUGGAUACUUCUUCAGAAGAUGAAAACUAUCCAGAAGGAAGCCCACUCAAGCUGACAAAAAAACACAAGAAACAACUUCAUAACCUGGAAACAGCUCUUAAUCCUGACAUGCAUAGAGUUGUGUCAACCAUAGCAACUGGCUCAGGUAUCCACAACUCUGGUUCUGGCAGAUUCAUUUGCCGUUCCCUAGCAACAUGUGAAAUGACUGAAGAAAGAUACAGAGAGAUGCUUCUCAAGCAUAAGAGAAGAAAAAUGGACAAAGAAAAACAUCCAGAGUUAGAUGUUAGUAACAUCAGUUUAGAAGGAUUGAUAGCAAGAACAAAUAUGACUCGUCGUCCAACGCCUAAACCACUUGAGCAACAUGUUAAGAAGAGAAGCAAGAACAGUGAAAUAUUAGAAAAAAAAUCCAAAACACCUCGUUCUACUACCAGUGAAUCUCAGGCUUUAGAUAGUGCUGCUGGAAACAGCCAGGAGCCGAUACCACAACCACCGGUUGUUACAGAGGCAAGUAACAUUAAAGUGGAGAAUAAAAUUGCACCCGAGCAAGCAGAGGAUGACGAAGAUAUGGAUGUAGAUAUUGGAAGUGAUGGGGAGGCACCUUUUGUUUUUCCUGCAAGAGCAUCCACCCCUGAACAAGAAGGAAAUCUACCAGUUUCUUUUUUUUCACUCUUAAGAGAUUUGUUUCUCUCAACACCAGAGAUGAAGAUGUCAGCUGUGAAGCUUGAAGAACGAGUAAGAAUGUGGUUAGAAAGUCCUGUUGUUGUUGGCUGUGACUGGCUAGGAGGUCAUGAUAACUGGACAGAACUGGUUAGCUCAGCACUGAAGUACUUAGCUGGAGAUCUAAUAGCUAUUCUGCCAGAAAACUUUGUUCCUUACUUGGACUACAAAGAAAAACAGCAGCAGUGGCAGUGGAUUGGAGCAGGACGAGACUCUGACAAACAGUUGUGUGCUUUGUGUCAGCAGUGGCAAGAAAACCUAGGUGAUGUGUCUACAGAAGCAUUGGAGUCGGCACAGGGUUCUCCUCCUCCUCCAAGAGUUCCCACAGAUUGGUCAGUUCGGCCAUCAAAUGAAGAAGAAAAAAAGAGCUACAGAGAACAGGAAUGCAUUAGAUACCAAAAUCCACAUAAAGCAUACACUUUUCGUAUCCAUGGUUAUGAGGCUGUUGUUGGACCAGUGAAAGGAGUUUACAGGAAGGAAACAGGGGUGAAUAAAGCCAGAGAACAUUCUCUCUUGGUGUCAGACCGACCACCUUUUGUAACGAUUCUUUCUUUGGUUCGAGAUGCUGCAGCAAGGCUUCCUAAUGGAGAAGGAACAAGGGCAGACAUAAGUGAACUCUUGAAGGAUUCUCAGUAUCUUGCUCCUGGAAGUGAUCAACAGAUGUAUGCCAUGGUAAGUGGAGCACUGGACCGACUUCACUAUGAGAAAGACCCGUGUGUGAAGUAUGACGUCAAUAGAAAACUAUGGAUUUAUCUACAUCGUAACAGAACAGAAGAGGAAUUUGGUAUGAUUACAUUUAUUGUGAAAGCAAAGGAAACUCUGCGGCCAGCUUCGACCUUAGCUAUGAGUGCUAUCAUAGAUACUGCUGCCAUCACCACAGUAACAGAUGUUACUGUCAACGUAACUUCAAGCAGGAGUGGUGGAUCCAGACCUCAA